AUGGCGACACAAAAUGAGCCCGCAGAUCCACUCGCGAAGGGAACUUUUGCGACUGCAAAGCAAGCCUGGAGCGACCUCUUCAAGUGGAAGCAGAGAGUCGUCGUCACCAACGACGCGGGUGAAACUCAUACCGAAUGGGAGGCACCACCUCGCCUUCGAAAUCCAAUCUCACUGUUCAGACUCCUUAGUGCUAAAGACUGGCUUUAUUUUCUUGCUGGCUUUUUCGCUUGGACCGCUGAUGCUUUCGACUUCCAUGCUCUUUCUAUCCAACAAGUCGAUCUAGCCAGCUACUACGGCCAGUCAAAGACUGAGAUUAGUACAGCCAUUACUCUCACUUUGCUACUACGAUCCGUCGGAGCAGCCGUUUUUGGACUAUUGGGUGAUCGUUUUGGCAGAAAAUGGCCCAUGGUCGGCAACAUGAUUAUUUUGGGACUCCUGCAAAUCGCGACCAUUUACAGCAGCACUUUCAGCCAGUUUCUAGCUGUUCGAUCCCUCUUUGGUCUGUUCAUGGGGGGAGUAUAUGGUAAUGCCGUUGCCAUGGCCCUCGAGAACUGUGCGCUCGAUGCGCGAGGCUUGAUGAGUGGUAUCAUGCAGCAAGGAUAUUCCUUUGGUUAUGUUUUGGCCUCGUGUGCCGUUCUAGGAUUCGGUAGCGGCGGUGACACCUGGAAGAAGGUCUUCUGGGUCGCUGCGGGCCUUUCCAUUGCUGCUGGUCUCAUACGAUGUCUCUUUCCCGAGUCAAAGCAGUUUGUCGAGGCCAAGAAGUCUGGCCAUCACAUCACGGCUUCCGAUUUUUGGAAGGAAACCAAGUCGAUGCUACGCAAUGAGUGGCGCAUGUGCAUAUACUGUUGCUUUCUAAUGACCUGGUUCAACUUUUACUCGCACACGAGCCAAGAUAGUUACACUACGUUUAUGCGCACCCAGAAAGAGUUGAUACCCGCCGCUGCUACCCGAGCCAGUAUCUGGAUGAAGGUCGGAGCUUGCAUUGGAGGAACUAUUAUUGGUUAUCUCUCACAAUUUGUCGGUAGACGCCGUGCUAUCGUCUGUGCCGCAUUAAUGAGUUGUGUCCUCAUUCCCGCCUGGAUCCUCCCUGAAGGAGAGCAGUCUCUUUCAGCUUCCGGAUUCUUUAUGCAAUUUUUUGUACAAGGUGCCUGGGGAGUUAUUCCCAUUCACCUGAACGAGCUUUCUCCGCUGGCAUACCGGUCAACAUUCCCUGGCAUCACCUACCAGAUCGGGAACAUGAUAUCGAGUCCUUCGGCUCAGAUUGUGAAUGCGAUAUCCGAAUCUCAUUUUGUUAGAACCAAGUCCGGCAAGCUGGCUGAGGCUUAUGGGCCUACAAUGGGUAUUGCCACUGUCAUCAUCGCCCUGGGCAUCGCCGUCACUGUUGCAUUAGGUCCUGAGAAGCGCGGCAGACACUUUGAGAAUGCUGGACCAGCUGGAGCCAACGUUGAACGUGGCGCAGACGUUGAGAAGGCCGUGGACGUUGCCUCAAUCGCUGAAGAUACAAAGGACCAGCCAACCACGGAAACAAGCGAGAAGAAGGGACCGCAGUAG